AUGGAAGAUGAUGAUCCUCUUGAAGAAUAUCUCAAUUCACCUAUUGAAAAUAUUAAUAUUCUCGCAUAUUGGAAGAUAAAAUCAGAAGAACCUCAAUGGAUUCCACUUAUAAAUAUGGCUCGAGAUUAUCUGAUCGUUCAAACAACAAGUGUACCAAAGGAACAGAUUUUUAGUUUGGCAAAGUUUACAGUUAGCUCAACAAGAAAUCGCCUAAAUCCAGAAAGCUUGCGAAUCUCUUGUCUUAAAAUCUGGUUCGCAGCAGGAUUAAUUGAAGAAAAUUUUAUGGAGGAUAAUAACAAUGAUAAUUAG